ACACCCGGUCGGCUCCAAAUACUCUCUCAGAGAUGCGCUCGGAGAGGGAAGACGAUGGCUUCCAUGGGGAUGCAGAUGGCGGGGUGCGCCAUGGCCCUGCUGGGCUGGAUCGGGGUGAUCAUCAUCUGCGGUGCACCCAUGUGGCGGGUCACGGCCUUCAUCGGCAGCAACAUAGUGACAUCCCAGGUCAUGUGGGAGGGCCUCUGGAUGACCUGCGUGGUCCAGAGCACGGGCCAGAUGCAGUGUAAGAUCUACGACUCCAUGCUGGCUCUGAGCACCGACCUGCAGGGGGCCCGGGCCCUGACGGUGGUUUCCAUCGUCACGGGCAUCGUGGGGAUCUUCGUAGCGUUCGCCAGCGGGAAGUGCACCAACUUCAUUCCAGAGGAGAGGGCCAAGGCGAGGGCCUCGGUGGCAGCAGGCGUGGUGCUGAUCAUCAGCGGAAUCCUCUGCCUUGUCUCCGUUUCGUGGACUGCCAGCAGUAUCAUAAGGGACUUCUACAACCCCGUGCUGGUGGACGCCCAGAAAAGAGAGCUCGGGGCCUCUCUGUACAUCGGCUGGGGGGCCGGGGGGCUGCUGGUCUUGGGAGGAGCGCUUCUGUGUGCCAGCUGUCCCCCCAAGGAGGAUGACACCCCCUCUGUGAAGUACCUCCUAAACAAGCCUGGAGGAAACGGCAAAGAGGAUUCAAUCCAAUCUUUUAUACCGAACAAGACGUAUAUCUGACAUUUCUAAAGGGACGAAAAGAAGUCUGGUUCAUGUUGUCGUCUUCAAGAAGUCAAAUAAGCUCGGGAGUUUAAUCAGUUGCUGUGAAACAUAAAGAAAAAGGACACACGCACAGACAACCCACAAUGAAGGAAAUCCGCACUUUGUACUUAUUAAGAUAUUAAGAGUAUCACUCUUUGGAUGUUUGAAGAAGCUCUCUGUCUGACAUGGCUUUGUAUAUUGUUGGUAAUGAACAUUCAUAUAGUGGUAGUUUAAAUUAUAGAAACUGUGUUUUAUAUCUUUGAAAAAUGUAUUGGUUCACUUUGUACCUUUUUGUCCUUUUUAAUAUUGCAGUUCUAUUUUUGUCACAAUAAAUGACUCUCCAUUGUAAGUUUUAUUUCUCUCACGCUUUUUGUUUAUACAACUUUGGAAAAAAAACAAUAAACAGCACCCGUGGUUAUUUAAAA